GUCUCACAGAGCAGCGCACUCCUUGGCGUGUCUCAUUGCUGAUGACUCUUCUGCUGCUGUGGACGCGGCUCUGUUGCCUGGUUUAGUUCGCAGCGCAGUCUGAGGAAGAUUCUAAAUCUGUGCCGCUGGACAGCAGGGAGGAAUACUGUCCUGGAUAAAGAAUAGGAGACAAGAAUACAGUUUAAGAGAAACUAAAUAAAAGCAUGUGGUAGAAAUAGCAGAGGUUACUGCCUGGAAGUUUACUCGUAAAGAAUGACCUUUCUGCGACCCUGUUCUGUAUUUACCAAAAACAAGUUCACACGCACUGAACCUCCAAGACUAGCGAAGAGAAAGCUAUGAAACUGCGCCCAUGCCUGCGCCAUUGUGGAUCUGUUUGUUACAACAUCGCUCAACUUCAAUUAACCUAAUAUACUUUUAAAAAAAUAUCAGGGUACCGUUAGUGUUUGAACAUCUCGGUACGAAGAAGGGGACGUGAAAUAACAAUAUCAGUACACAAAACACAGAUUACAUAUCUGCGAAAAACUCGCUGCAUCGACUCUGAUGCAUUCAGUCACAGGGCUAUACCAACUCCGGCAUUUCGGAGGGGUUUACCUGAAUUCAAAUUGUAUUUAUUGGAAAAAAACUACAGCUACAAACAGCUCGUUUACGAUGUUACUAUUGAAAGUAUUGUUGGAUUGUAAUUAAAAGGUCUCAGAUAUCACAAUUCAAUUUGCGGUCCAUAUUAGAUGAAUUGCCAAACAGAACAGUUUGUAUUUUGUGAUUGGUAUAUUCCUCGUUCUGUGGGAGACAGACCCGUUCAGACACUGAGGGAGAGCAGAGAGGAGAUGUGGAGUCGCUGCUAACAGCUCUCACCUGAAGAGAAGAAAGGACACAUUCACUGAGGAGACGGUCAGAGCGAGUGACUAGAGCACUAGAGCCGUGCUGCACAUCCCACUGACAAUACCUGAAAAGAUGUUGAUGAGUUGACAGAUCUCUGAUGGUGAACUUCUUCACAUUACGCACCCAUCACAAUUUGGUGUAAAAUGAUCCUGAUACACAAGCCGAAAGUCACGUUAUGUCAGUCAGACCUCAAACAGGUAGAAUGCUCACCAGAGCAGAAGGGUUAAAAUCAACAAAAGAUGGUGCCUCCCUUCCAAAUCGAGGCAGAUCAUUCCACACCUGUGGGGCUCUGAAGCUGAAUCCUCUGCCACCUGACUUCUUUCUCUGUAUGCAUGGAUUACUUUUCAUGGGACAGUCUUAUCUUGGAACAAAGAUGGAGUCUGUUUAUAUUAAGCAGGAGGGGGUUCUGGAAUUGGUACCUAUCUGCAUUAAACAGGAGAUGCCUGAACUGGAUCCUGUCCACAUUAAAGAAGAGUCUGAACUGGUGCCUGUCCACAUUAAAGAGGAAAAUACUGAACUGGACCCUGUCCACUUUAAAGAAGAGACUGAACUGGUGCCUGUCCACAUUAAAGAGGAAAAUACUGAACUGGACCCUGUCCACAUUAAAGAGGAAGAGACUGAACUGGAGCCUGUCCACAUUAAAGAAGAGUCUGAACUGGAGCCAGUCCACAGUAAAGAGACUAUUGACUUGUUUAAGGAUACAGACAAUAUAUCCCAGCCAAAGAUGUCACGUCAAUGUGCUGAAUGUGGGAAGGUCUUUAGUAAGUCAAGACACCUAAAAAAACAUCAGCGAAUUCACACUGGAGAGAAGCCGUAUCGCUGUAUUGAUUGUGGGAAGAGCUUCAUUGAGUCAGGAAACCUAAAAAGACACCAGCGAAUUCAUACUGGAGAGAAGCCGUAUCACUGUACUGAAUGUGGUAGAAGCUUCAUUGAGUCAGGAAGUUUAAAAAGGCACCAGCGAAUUCACACUGGAGAGAAGCCGUAUCACUGUCUUGAAUGUGGGGAGCACUUCAGUCGGCUAGGAAAUCUAAAAAUACACCAACGAAUUCACACUAGAGAGAAGCCGUAUCACUGUUUUGAAUGUGGAGAGAGCUUCAGUUGGUUUGGAAGGCUAAAUAUACACCAGCAAAUUCACACUGAAGCCAGCCUCUCUCCCUCCUAGUCCCUCACCUCUCCAUCCUACUUAUUUUAGUGUGUGGAGAGCUGACUGGGGCAGUGAUUCAAGAAUUUCAUGGAAUGGUGUAACAAUACACAUGUCUCUCUCCUCACUCACUCAUAUGAAUGUGUCCCCAUGAGUGAGAGCCAGCCUGUAUACUUUGCUGAGUGUUUAAAUACUGAGAAACUCCAACCUUGUUGUAUACUGGAGCCCUUCUUCAGUGCAGUGGGAUUUAAUGGGUAGAUUGCUGUAUAUGCAAUUAUGAGGACAGCUCCACAAUGGUAGAGCUGUUUACUGUGAAAUAUAUAUGCAUAACAUACAUGCUUCACCAUUACCAUUAUUACUACAUUCAUAGUUUAUACAGUUUGUGAAUAAUUGAUAAAAACAAUCUGCAGAAUGCAGUUGCCUCAUUAAGCAGCUUCUUAAAGGAUCCCAGGGUGUCGGCUUCAACAACAUUAUUGGGAAGUUGGUUCCAGACCCUCACAAUUCUCUGUGUAAAAAAGUGCCUCCUAUUUUCUGUUCUGAAUGCCCCUUUAUCUAAUCUCCAUUUGUGACCCCUGGUCCUGGUUUCUUCUUUUUUCAGGUCGAAAAAGUUCCCUGGGUCGACAUUGUCAAUACCUUUUAGGAUUUUGAAUGUUUAAAUCAGAUCACCACGUAGUCUUCUUUGUUCAAUUAUUUUAGCCUGUCUGCGUACGACAUGCCUUUUAAACCUGGGAUAAUUCUGGUUGCACUUCUUUGAACUCUUUCUAGAGCAGCAAUAUCCUUUUUGUAACGAGGUGACCAGAACUGGGGACGCAGCUGAGAACAGACCAGACUCAGGGAUUUUGUUUUAGUUACAAUAACAAGAUGAGAAACAUUAUACACAGAACUCUGGUUUUGUUUCUAUGAAUAUAUUAAGACGUAGAAUCUCUUUGCAUUGUGUUGCAAUUUAAACAUUUUCACUUAACAUAUUAAAAAGCUCAGCUUUCUAUUAGAAAUAGACUACAGCUAUGACCAAAGCUAUCCUCACUGUAGAAUGAACAAAAUGUGCUUUAUAAAUGUCGAAUGCAACCUGAAUAAUGUUUAACCCUUUGCGGUCCAUUGUCGGACUGGGUCCGACAUUGCAAUUAUUCCUCACAGGUCCUUUGUCGGACUGGGUCCGACAUCAUUAUAGCAACGCAAUAAACGGGUGUUUAGUCGUUUUUUCUCCGGAAAAAGCCGAGAAAACCAUUCAAUUGCCGAGUGGUAGCGACAGGAGCCGAGACAAGUCGGAAAAAAAAAAAAAAAAAAAAAAAAAAAGGCGUUUUUCAUGAAUAGUCAUACAUGGUAUCAGGUAUCAGAUAAUGGGCGUCCAUAGUAAACAAGCUGGCUAAGUGCGUCAGCGCACUGAGACUAUCAUGGACAUUUGCAGAGCUUUUUUCAGAUGUUAUAGUAAUAAAAUAAUGACUUGGAUCGCAUUAUUGAGGAGUUUGGUGAUAAAACGAGUGAUCUGGAGAUGAUCGAUCGGUAUGUACGACUAUUAUUAUUAUUAUUAUUUAUUUUACAUAGCUGAAAGCUAUAGCAAACAAAAGGCUGGGGCGGGGCUGGAGAUGCCUAGUGUGUGCUUUGUUGAUAUGCAGGGCCAUUUAAACCCGUUUGACUGUGAAAAAAAAUACUUUUAAACAGCGUGUAUAAAAUUAACUGCGCGUGUGAAAAUAAAUUAGACCUGGCGUGCCUGACGCGCGAUUAAUAAAUGGACCGCAAAGGGUUAACAUAUUAAAUUACACACCGCUUUGUAGUUUUCCAUAUCCUGAAAAGUGUUGAAUUUAAAUGAAGGGAAGUAAUGUUAAAACUGUACAAUGCAUUAGUAAGAACAUAAGAACAUAAGAAAGUUUACAAACGAGAGGAGGCCAUUCAGCCCAUCUUCCUCGUUUGGUUGUUAGUAGCUUAUUGAUCCCAGAAUCUCAUCAAGCAGCUUCUUGAAGGAUCCCAGGGUGACAGCUUCAACAACAUUACUGGGGAGUUGGUUCCAGACCCUCACAAUUCUCUGUGUAAAAAAGUGCCUCCUAUUUUCUGUUCUGAAUGCCCCUUUAUCUAAUCUCCAUUUAUGACCCCUGGUCCUUUUUUCUUUUUUCAAGUCAAAGAAGUCCCCUGGGUUGACAUUGUCUAUACCUUUUAGGAUUUUGAAUGUUUGAAUCAGAUCGCCGCGUAGUCUUCUUUGUUCAAGACUGAAUACAUUCAAUUCUUUUAGCCUGUCUGCAUACGACAUGUCUUUUAAACCCGGGAUAAUUCUGGUUGCUCUUCUUUGCACUCUUUCUAGAGCAGCAAUAUCCUUUUUGUAACGAGGUGACCAGAACCUCGUUACAAAAACCUCAUCUAGAAUAUUGUGUUCAGUUCUGGUCACCUCAUUACAAAAAGGAUAUUGCUGCUCUAGAAAGAGUGCAAAGAAAAGCGACCAGAAUUAUCCCGGGUUUAACCCUUUGCGGUCCUAUGUCGGAUCAGGUCCAACAUUACAAUUUUCCCUUUCCGGUCCGAAGUCGGACAUCAAAAAGACGUAAAAAAAACGGUCUCUAUUCGUUUUUUCUCCGAAAAAGAAGAGAAAACCAUUCAAUGGCAGAGUGAGGCCGAUAGGAGCUGAGAGAUGCCGGGGGGGAAAAAAAGGGGGGGGGAGGGUGAUCUCAGUAAUACACAUAGCCCCGGCACCACAGAGAUAACACGGACAUAAACAAACAAGAUAGCUGCUUCUGCAUCCAGCGCUCAAAGAAUAUCACAGGCAUUUGCAGAGCUUUUUGAGUAACAGUAAUAAAAUAAUGACUUGGAUCGCAUUAUUGAGGAGUUUGGUGGUAAAACGAGUGAUCAGGAGAUGAUUGAUCGGUAUGCACGACUAUGAAGAGGUAUGUGAAAAAUACAGCGAACAAGGGGUGGGGCGGGGCUGGAGAUGCACUACUGAGUGUCCUGUUGAUAUGCAGUGCCUUUCAAACCUGUUUUACUGUGAAAAAAAUACUUUUUAACAGCACGUCUAAAAUAAACUGCGUGAGAAAAUAAAUUGGACCGGACGUGCCUGAGACGCGCUGAAUAAAUGGACUGCUAAGGGUUAAAAGGCAUGUCGUAUGCAGACAGUCUAAAAUAAUUGACUCUAUUCAGUCUUGAACAAAGAAGACUACGUGGUGAUCUCAUUCAAGCAUUCAAAAUUCUA